AUGGAUGCUACACUAAAAAGACCUAUAAGGAAACGUUUUGAUGGUAAAUUGCAAUCAGAGUCAACUAAUAUUGGAAAAUCCAAGAGAGAUGCAGAUUUUGAGGGCACAGAUGAACCCAUUUUUGGAAAGAAGCCUAGGGUGGAAGAAUCAGUAACUGAAGAUUUAAGUUUGGCAGACUUGAUGCCCAGAGUCAAGGUACAAUCUGUUGAAACUGUCGAAGGGUGUACACAUGAGGUUGCACUUCCUGCAGAUGAAGAUUAUUUACCACUUAAACCUCGAGUUGGAAAAGCUGCAAAGGAAUACCCGUUCAUUCUUGAUGCUUUUCAAAGAGAAGCCAUUCAGUGUGUUGAUAAUAAUCAGUCUGUUUUAGUAUCUGCACAUACAUCAGCAGGAAAAACUGUAUGCGCUGAGUAUGCCAUUGCAUUGGCCUUAAGGGAAAAACAACGUGUAAUAUUUACCAGCCCAAUUAAGGCUCUGAGUAACCAGAAAUACCGGGAAAUGUAUGAAGAAUUUCAAGAUGUUGGCUUGAUGACUGGAGAUGUUACUAUUAAUCCUACAGCAUCUUGUCUUGUUAUGACCACAGAGAUUUUGAGAAGCAUGCUGUACAGAGGUUCUGAAGUUAUGCGAGAAGUAGCGUGGGUCGUAUUUGAUGAAAUUCAUUACAUGAGAGAUUCAGCUCUCCGAUGGCAUUUUUGUAACAUCUAUGUUGCUUCUCCUUGUCAUGUAAUUUACACAGAUUAUCGGCCCACUCCAUUGCAGCACUACAUUUUUCCAGCAGGGGGAGAUGGCCUGCACCUUGUGGUUGAUGAAAAUGGUGACUUCAGAGAAGAUAAUUUUAAUACUGCAAUGCAAGUACUUCGAGAUGCUGGUGAUUUGGCAAAAGGAGAUCAGAAGGGGCGGAAAGGAGGAACAAAAGGACCAUCGAAUGUGUUCAAGAUUGUGAAGAUGAUUAUGGAAAGAAAUUUUCAACCUGUAAUUAUUUUCAGUUUCAGUAAAAAGGACUGUGAAGCCUAUGCACUUCAGAUGACCAAAUUAGAUUUUAACACAGAUGAAGAAAAGAAGAUGGUUGAAGAAGUAUUCAGUAAUGCCAUUGACUGCUUGUCUGAUGAAGAUAAAAAACUCCCUCAGGUUGAACAUGUACUUCCUCUUUUGAAGCGAGGGAUUGGUAUUCACCAUGGUGGUUUACUUCCUAUUUUGAAAGAAACUAUAGAAAUUCUCUUUUCUGAAGGAUUGAUAAAGGCCUUAUUUGCCACAGAGACUUUUGCUAUGGGAAUUAAUAUGCCAGCUAGAACUGUUUUAUUUACGAAUGCCCGGAAAUUUGAUGGGAAAGAUUUCCGAUGGAUUUCCUCUGGUGAAUACAUUCAGAUGUCUGGUCGAGCUGGAAGGAGGGGAAUGGAUGAUAGAGGAAUUGUAAUUCUUAUGGUGGAUGAAAAGAUGAGCCCAACGAUCGGAAAACAACUACUUAAGGGCUCAGCUGAUCCUCUAAAUAGUGCUUUCCAUUUGACCUACAACAUGGUUUUGAACUUACUACGUGUAGAAGAAAUUAAUCCCGAGUACAUGUUGGAAAAAUCCUUCUACCAGUUUCAGCAUUAUAGAGCAAUUCCAGGAGUAGUAGAGAAGGUAAAGAACUCAGAAGAACAGUAUAAUAAAAUAGUAAUACCAAAUGAGGAAAGUGUCAUUAUUUAUUAUAAGAUUAGACAGCAGCUUGCCAAACUGGGUAAAGAAAUUGAAGAAUACAUUCAUAAACCAAAGUAUUGCUUACCAUUUCUACAGCCAGGUCGUUUGGUAAAGGUAAAGAAUGAAGGAGAUGAUUUUGGCUGGGGAGUAGUGGUAAAUUUCUCAAAGAAGUCAAAUGUUAAGCCUAAUUCUGGUGAACUGGAUCCUUUAUAUGUAGUUGAAGUACUCCUGCGCUGUAGCAAAGAAAGUCUGAAAAAUUCAGCUACUGAGGCUGCAAAACCAGCUAAACCUGAUGAGAAAGGAGAGAUGCAGGUUGUUCCAGUUUUGGUGCACCUCUUGUCUGCCAUCAGCAGUGUUAGGCUUUACAUUCCUAAAGACCUUCGACCAGUGGAUAAUAGACAGAGUGUUUUAAAAUCAAUACAGGAAGUUCAGAAACGUUUUCCUGAUGGUGUUCCUUUAUUAGAUCCUAUUGAUGAUAUGGGCAUUCAAGAUCAAGGGCUGAAAAAAGUUAUCCAGAAAGUGGAGGCUUUUGAGCAUAGAAUGUAUUCUCAUCCACUUCACAAUGAUCCGAAUUUGGAAACUGUGUAUACGCUUUGUGAAAAAAAAGCACAGAUUGCAAUUGAUAUUAAAUCUGCAAAGCGAGAAUUAAAGAAGGCAAGAACUGUCCUACAAAUGGAUGAGCUCAAAUGUCGCAAACGUGUUUUAAGGAGGUUGGGAUUUGCUACUUCUUCUGAUGUCAUAGAGAUGAAAGGACGAGUGGCUUGUGAGAUAAGCAGUGCUGAUGAGCUCCUUCUAACUGAGAUGAUGUUUAAUGGCCUUUUCAACGACCUCUCUGCAGAACAGGCAACGGCACUACUAAGCUGCUUUGUGUUUCAAGAGAAUUCUAGUGAGAUGCCCAAAUUAACAGAGCAGUUAGCAGGACCACUUCGUCAAAUGCAGGAAUGUGCUAAAAGAAUUGCAAAAGUUUCAGCAGAAGCCAAACUGGAAAUUGAUGAGGAAACUUACCUAAGCUCAUUCAAACCUCACUUAAUGGAUGUAGUAUAUACCUGGGCAACUGGAGCUACAUUUGCCCAUAUCUGCAAAAUGACAGAUGUCUUUGAAGAUUCUUAAUUUUCUUUUUAUAUG